AGUUAACGGAGUGAGGACCACAUCAUAAAAGCCCUACCAAAACAAUCUCUACCGUUCGUAACAUCACCAACGCCAAGAUUUUUUGAUUUUUUUUUUUUUUUGGUUUUUUGGUAAGCACCAACACCGAGUUUUUAAUUUCUCUUCUCCUGUUCUGUUCUCUCUCUAAAAAAAACAAAAAAGUGUAGGAUCGAAGAAUAAAUCUUAGAGAGAGAAAAUAGAAAUGGGAGAUAAUGCGAGAAAUAACUGUAAGCGAAGAGAAAUGAUUGUUUCAACAGAAUCAUCUUCAACGACAGCAGCACCAGCAGCAUUCUCAAAGAAAAUGAAACUUGAUUUUGAUUUUGAUUUUUGUUAUGAAAAAUUAAAAUUACCUUCACUCACUAACUUUAACCGCCACCAUUUAUUCACUGUGUCUCCGGAUAACACCGUUUCACCAGCCACCUCGUCGAAUUCCGGCAGUUUCCUCGCCGGAAAUUUAGUUUCCUGCGACUCCACAGCUUCUCGCAGCUCCAGCAAUGAUUCAACUGGUGUGGUGAGGAAUAGCUUGAGUUUUGUAGAUCUGAAGGUCAUGAAGAGUUUUGAAACCGAAAGCUCAUCAACGUGUAUUAAUAACAAAUUCAGAGAGACCUCUCCUUCAAGCUCGUUUUACGGAGAUACUGACGAGAUGGAGUCACCAGCGCCGGUUGUAAAAAAUUGCCGGAAAAUUAGGUUGCCGGCGGAGAAGGUUCCGUCUCAGGUGGAGAUCGAUGAGUUUUUCGCGGAAGCAGAGAAGAAAGAGCAAAAAAGAUUUGCAGACAAGUACAAUUAUGAUAUAGUGAAGGAUUUGCCUCUUGAAGGUCGCUACCAGUGGGUUCGUUUGAAGCCGUAGCAAGGAUUAAAAGAGAAAAACAGAGAGAAGAGAGAGUUUGUUGCUCUAAGGUUACACGAGGUAGCAUCUAGUCUGCAUGUGACUUUUUCUUUUCCUAAUUUAGAAUGGUUGUUUUGUUAUUGUACAGCUAGCUUUUCAUUUCUCUAUAAAAUCUAUAUAGCAAGAAGCCAAGUUCCUAUGUUAUUCCUCCGUAGUAGUACGAUAUAUGAUCCAAAGAAGUUUCUUCCAAUGAAUUUUUAUUAAAUAUUUAGUACCCAAUUCACUAGUCAGCUGGUACUGGUAGUGAAAUUUUGUGUCAGUUAUUUUUAUUUUUUUGGAGUGAUUAUAUACUACUGUGUGGAAUGAAGAAUUAUAGUGGUGCAAGUUGUUUUUGCAGACAUGUAUAUAUUGAUGGGUUUUGUUUUUGUAUUUGAAAAGUGUUUUUUGUUUGCUUGA